AUGCAAGCAAUAGCAGAUAGAUUCAGUAACCGUAACGGAUUAAUCAAAGAACUAUACUACGACAAUGAAGAAGAAUUACAACACGAUUUCAUUAACGGCACAUCUCAAUUCCAACAAUUAGCCCCUCAGAUAUCAAUUCCUCCAAUAUCUACCCCACAACAAUUCUUAAGGGCCCACACUGACGAUUCCAAAAACCCAGAUUGUAAAAUCAAAAUAGCUCAUGGUACCACAACCCUAGCGUUCAGGUUCAAAGGUGGUAUCGUCGUCGCUGUGGAUUCUCGUGCUACGGCGGGUAAUUGGGUCGCUUCACAAACCGUGAAGAAAGUCAUUGAAAUUAAUCCAUUCCUUUUAGGUACCAUGGCUGGUGGUGCUGCAGAUUGUCAAUUUUGGGAAACUUGGUUAGGUUCUCAAUGUAGAUUACAUGAAUUGAAAGAGAAAAAUCGUAUCUCCGUCGCAGCAGCAUCCAAGAUAUUGAGCAAUUUGGUUUAUCAAUAUAAAGGUGCUGGGUUAUCUAUGGGGACUAUGAUUUGUGGAUAUACAAAGAAAGAGGGUCCAACUAUUUAUUAUGUGGAUUCUGAUGGGACUAGAUUGCAAGGAGAUCUGUUUUGUGUAGGGUCAGGUCAAACUUUUGCCUAUGGUGUCCUAGAUAGUAAUUAUAAGUGGGAUUUGACCGUGGAGGAAGCAUUGUAUUUGGGGAAAAGAUCUAUCUUAGCUGCAGCUCAUAGAGAUGCUUAUUCUGGUGGUUCCAUUAAUUUGUAUCAUAUUACUGAAGAAGGUUGGGUGUACCAUGGUAAUCAUGAUGUCGGUUCCACAUUCUGGGAAAUCAAAGAACAAGAGGGUUCCUUCAAUAAUGUCGUGGGUUGA